AACGAAAGAGCGGGCUGCUUUGAGAAGUCUUUACGUUUCUACCCUGUCUUUCUUCCGUGACAUCCUACCGUUUAGGGUAUGUCUUCUGGUUGCUGCUCAGAUGAACAGAGUGAUGAGGACGAGGAUUCCGACUCCUCCACUUACUACGAAGUCCAGUACGAUCAUAACGAAACGCUGAGCUCAACUAAAAACAAAUGGAGCAAAGCUCCUGAAGAAAAUAAUCAAACUACGGAUGUUACUUCAUUGGAAUACUCAUCCAAUUCGAAUGAAUCAAAUUUACGGAAGUCAGUGGACAAAUCAAAUGACUGGAUUCAUUCCUUCCAAAAAUAUCUUAAAAUAUCCAACAAAGAAGCUAAUUUGUACGAUACAUUCAUAAAAUGUAUACGUCACGAUUCUGAUUACGGUGGUUCCUACAUACAACCAAUGCACAACAGCAGUAGUAGUACUUCAACACAUAUAUCAGCUUUACCAUUUGAAUUGCUUUUGCGAAUAAUUCGAUGGACUAUUGGCAGCCAUUUGAAUAUACGUGUUCUAGGUGUUUUAGCUUGUGUAUGUCGUGGUUUCUAUCUAUUGGCCAAUGAUAAUUCAAUAUGGAGAGAUAUUUGUUUAAAAUUAUGGCCAAUAUGGUUAACAAUGAAUAAUUAUCAUAUUGGUUAUAAGAAUAAUACUAAUAAUAAUAAUCAGCUGGCUUAUUUAUCUUCCAUGAAUUACACGUCAUGGCGUGAAAUGGCUAUUUAUCGACCACAAGUUUUAUUUCAUGGUAUAUAUAAUAAGUUUUAUGCAAGAAGUUCACAAGUGUUUUUUUGGUUGUUUCAUAGUUGA